CUGAAUUUAUUAUACACGUAUGAACAUGUUCUCAACAAGUUGAUACAUUCAUAGAAACAUUAUAUAGUACUGUUGCUAAUCUUUUGCUCCUAAAAAAGUUUUCUCGUACUUUUUGGACUAAUUUUUCAAGAAUGAUGCAGUCAUGAUGCCCUACUGAGAUGGGUAAAAUCUCGUGGGAGGUCAUUGGUAGUAUAGUAGGUGCACCCAUUGGUUUGUUGUGCCUGCUGUACAUUGUAUGGGGAUAUAGGAAGAAAACCUUGGUCAAGGACAAAGUAGUUCUUAUAACAGGAGCGACAUCUGGACUAGGAAAAGCAUGUGCAAAAAUCUUCCUGCAGGCUGGCUGCCAUGUGAUAUUGGCAGGUAGGAGUGUUGACAAGCUAAAGGAGACUUCAGACAUCCUCAGAACUGAGUUAGGAAAGCGACAGCUGCAUGAUCCGAAGCUUCUGGUGAUGGAUCUGGAGGAUGUGUCCAGUCUGCCCAGCAAGGUGAAGGAUGCGCUGAGGUUCCAUGGUAGGGUAGACAUCCUGGUCAACAACGCUGGGAUCAGCUAUCGGGGGCAGAUUGAAGACACAGCUAUGGAGGUGGACCGAAAGGUCAUGAUGGUCAACUACUUUGGCCAAAUAGCCAUAACUAAAGCUCUCCUCCCUAUCAUGCUGAGUCAAGGUGGCGGUUAUAUAGUUGGCAUCAGCAGUGUCCAGGGGAAAUUCUCCAUUCCAUAUAGAUCAGCAUACUCUGCAUCAAAGCAUGCAUUUCAGGCAUUUUUUGAUUGCCUACGAGCUGAAGUUGCUGAUAGAAAUGUUAAAGUUAGCAUCAUCAGUCCAGGGUACAUGCACACAAAUCUCUCCCAGAAUGCAGUCUGUUCUGAUGGAUCAAAACAUGGAGUAACAGAUCCCACCACAGCAUCAGGAAUGAGCCCCGAGUAUGUGGCACAGCGUGUACUCCAAGCCAUCGAGUUCAACCAGGCUGAUGUCAUUCUAGCAACGCUCAUGCCCAAACUAGCCUACUACACAAGAGUUUUGUUUCCAAAAACAUAUUUCUCUCUGAUGAGAUCUCGUGCCAGGAAACAGAAAAUAGACUAUUUGAAGAAUAAGUGAUUUGAAGUGUCUGUGUGAGGUAGCACUGUGUGAUUGAUUUGUCAGAAUAAUUUGUUGUUUGAGAGUGUUCAGUAGGCCAGAUGUCGGUGUUUCAGUUGCCAAAGUGUCCUUGCUAUAGUCUUUUUCUCUUAUGGAGACAAUUUAGUUCUUGUAUUGUGUUUUGGACCAGCAUAGGUGGUGGGAUGUGUGGCCCUUAUUGCAAAUGGGUUUCAAUUCUCUGUGCUGUUUAGAAUACCUUAGACGCUUUUCACUAAUCAGGGAAUUCAAAUCACGAUUGAGCUCAAUUAUUGGGGGGGGGAAUCAAAUGUGUUCCUCACGCAUCACUUUUGUUUCAAUAAAAAUAAUUUAAAAAUGUCUUACCCCCUCUCCACUUUUGAGGAAAAUGUGCCAGAAGGUCACUGAAUGUUUUAUUGAUAGAUGAACAACUUCCACUGGGGAAUCUGGGCUAGAGCAGGUUCCCAGCUACCUAUGCUUCUUGCAUGACUAGAUGGAUUAGCAGUCAGGCUUGGUGACAUGGCUGUAUGUCAUCCUUCCUUGAUGGCGUGGAACAUUGCUCAUAAUAUCAAUCACUGGUUCUGACAAGGUGCUAACAUUUCUCUGUUGCACAGCUUGAACUUUCUGAUUGUUAUGGAUGGUGCUGAUGAAGUACAAAGUGUCAAAUGUUUUGAAUGCAGAUAUGAUCUUCAGUAUUAUGAUAGACUGUAUCGAUGCCAUCAUUUCAUAAAGCAGAUUAUGUAUUAUGAAUGAGACAUUUCAUUUGGAAUUAGAUUAUUCUUUUUAACAUUACUGUCAUUUCAUAAAACAAGUGAGUGAAUAUUGCUCAUAACGCCACAUAAGCAAUAUUGCAGCUAACUUUGGUGAGAAAUGUCUUUAGUUUAACCAUAGGACCCGUGAAGAUCCUGCUUGUCGUAAGAGGCAACUAACAGGAUCAGGUGGUCAAGUUUGCUGACUUGGUUGAUGAUGCAUGUCAUCUUAUCAGAAUUGCGUGGAUUGAUGCUCAUGAUAUCAACCACUGGGUUGUCUGGUCUGGACUCGAUUAUUUACAGACCACUGUCAUGUAACUGAAAUAUAGCUGAGUGUGGCAUUAAGCAACAAACAAACAAAAACACAACAAUAUUUAACCGUAUGUUAACAAACACAAUAAAAGUGAUGCAGUUCAAUAAACA